GUGACGUCAUGACGCUCAAUACGCUGCUGACGUGUAGGUAAGGAAGAGGCUGUUAGCUCUCAGCUCCUUCUCUCUUCUUCACACAGUGUUUUUCAUUGACAGCCGAUAAUGACAUCCUUUAUAUCAGAGUCUACGAGUCAAUAACAGCUGGACCAGAAGCGGGAGUGCUACACAGGUGAGUUCUACCUGUGAGGAUAUAUGAAGAGAAGUGAGUGACCUGAACAUCAGCCAUGGGAAAGAGGAGGGUUCCAGAUGUGUACAGAGCCCCUUUUCCUUUGUACUCGGUUAAAGUGGACCCUAAAACUGGUCUGGUGAUCACAGCAGGAGGAGGAGGGGCCUCAAAGACAGGCAUCAAGAAUGCUGUGCACUUCCUGGACUUGCAGCUGGUCGGAGAUCACUCGUACUCUGCCACUCUGCUUCACUGUCAUGACACGGACACUCGAGCCACCAUGAACAUGGCGCUGGGUGACGGAGUGAUUGCUGCGGGGCAGGACGGGACCUGCUGUCUGCUGAGAUUCAAACAGGGAUCACAGAGAGAAGACGGCCAAGCUGCGGCUACAGACGGGGGAAACAAUGUGCAGAAAGGAAACGCUCGGCGGCGCGCAGGGAAAGGAGGACAGGAAGCAGCUGCAGGGUCAGGAGACAAGGCAGACACAAAGGAUGAGACGGUCCUGAUCUCUGUGAGCGGUCUAGCUGAAGUCCAGUCCGACCUGAACCCUCAGGACCCGCUCCAGAAGGUGGUCCGCUUCAGUCCUGACCUGAGCCUGCUGCUGACAGGAGGCACAGACGGAUACAUCCGAGUGUGGGAGUUUCCGUCUCUGAAGAAGAAGUUUGACUUUAAAGCUCAUGAAGGAGAGAUCGAAGACCUGGAUCUGAGUCCAGGGAACAAGCACCUGGUGACAGUGGGGCGGGACUUCUCCUGCAGUGUGUGGAGUGGAAACCAGUUAGCCAUGGGUCUGAGCUGGAGUGAAACGAUGCCUCACAUCGCUGAGAAGACGUAUCGGUACAUGGCCUGCAGAUUUGGUAAGGUGGAGGAUCAGAAAGACGCUCUGAGGCUCUACACGGUCCAGAUCCCCCACAAACGGGACAGAAAACCUCCGCCAUGUUUCAUCACCAAGUGGGAUGGGCGGAGCUUCCUGCCCAUGCUGACGGCGCCCUGUGGGUCUGAGGUCAUCUCCUGUCUGGCUGUCAGUGACUCUGGGACAUUCCUCGGUCUGGGAACCGUGACGGGGUCUGUGGCCAUUUACAUCUCCUUCUCCCUGCAGAAGCUGUAUUACGUACAGGAGUCUCAUGGGAUCGUGGUGACUGACCUGGCCUUCCUUCCUGAACACAAACCUGUCAGAGGGAACAAUGAGGCGGCCAUGCUGAGUGUCGCCGUGGACAGCCGCUGUCAGGUCCACACGGUGGCUAACAGGAGGUCGUUUCCGGUGUGGCUGGUUCUCUUCUUCUGUGGUGUCAUGGUGGUGGGGGUCGUCCUCCUCCUGCAGCACCUCUUCCCAGGAUUCAUUUAAACCAUGGAGGUGCUCUCCCAGCUGAACAUCACAGAGCUCAGUCUGAUGACCUGUGAGGCUGUACCUGCUGCAGCACAGGCCCUGCCCCCUCAGGUUUACUCAGGGUCUCUGUCUCAGACGCCUGACUCCAGUCAGUGUGUGAGUGAAGGAGGACAGACUGUGCAAGGAUCAUCUUUAAAUCAGAGAGUCACCUCGUGGUGUGAUGGCUGCGUGUAGGAGGGCUCAGGUUGAUGAAUGUCUGAGGGGCAGGUCUUUUAUCACAUAUUUAAGGAGCAAUGUAAAAACAUAGAAGUGAUUGGCACGUCGUGUGUCUGAUUUAGUUUUUGUUUACAUUUUGAAGAAGAGUCUCUGUUUUUGUUUUAUCCACCAGGGGGCAGCAAAGAGCAGAACGUCUUCAGUCUUUAUUUUAACAAGCACAGAUUAUUUUUAAAUUCAGAUGUACCUGUCGAGUUGGACGGGCUGCCCAGCGUCAGGUGAAGAGUCCACACACAGGAUGAUUUAGAGUCAAACAGCAGUUGAGAAGGUGCAGUCAGAGUGUAAUGAUCUUUUAGUGACGGCUCUUUGUACCCUUCUUUUAUGAAGUCACCUUUAUUCAUUUUAUUUAAACAGUCUGACUGCAGGUUCGUUUCCAGCAGGUGUACAAAAUGUGAAUGAUUUUUUAAAUGAUGCCCUUAUUGUGACGAACAGGUGAAUGGAAGAAGAAAUAAAAUAUUAAUAUGAGAGGAAGAUUUAAA